UAUUGAUUCACUCCGUAAUAUGCGGAAGUGAGCGUAGGUGAACCCAAUCAAUAAGCUCAUUAUGGACACGAACUCUGGCUUAUUCAAAAUGAAGAAGUUUGCAGCAGAUGCUGGUACUCUAUUCAAUCGUGCAGUACAGUUUACAGAAGAAAAGUUGGGUCAAGCAGAAAAGACAGAAUUAGAUGCACACUUUGAAAAUUUAUUACAAAGGGCAGACAAGACAAAAAUCUGGACAGAGAAGGUUUUGAAACAGACAGAAUGCCUUCUACAACCAAAUCCAAAUGUUCGUAUGGAGGACUUUUUCUAUGAAAAACUUGACAAAAAGAAAAGAGACCGUGUUAGUCACCAUGAAUUACUUGGUCAGAUAAUGACAGAUGCUGGCAAUGAAUUCGGUCCAGGAACAUCAUAUGGUAACGCUCUAGUCAAGACAGGCGCAACACAAAUCAAUAUUGGAAAUGCAGAAAAAGAAUUUGUACAGUCCACUGCUAAUAACUUUCUACAACCUUUACGCAAUUUCUUGGAUGGAGAUAUGAAAACCAUUCAGAAAGAAAAGAAAAUACUAGAAACAAAGAGAUUAGAUUUAGAUGCUGCAAAAACAAAAAACAGACGUGCAAAAUCACAAAAUACCCAGCCAACCUCACGACCUCAGACUCUUGCCCUGAUCGAGGUUAGUCCAACGUCUCCAUAUGAGUGUUUCAGUGUUGUCAAAGAUGAUGCUGUAGCCAGAGCAGAAGCAGACUUACGGAUAGCACAGACAGAAUUUGACAGACAAGCUGAGAUUACUAAACUAUUGUUAGAAGGAGUUAACAGUGCUCAUGCUCAUCAUUUGCGAUGUUUAAAUGACUUCAUUGAAGCUCAGAUGACAUACUAUGCCCAGUGUCAGCAAUAUAUGGCUGAUUUACAAAGACAAUUGGGAAGUUAUUCUGUUGGUAGUGGGAACAGUUCAACAAAUUCCCUUGGACCAGGUAUCCCUAAUUCCACUCUCCCUGUUCAGCCAAGUGCACCCCCUAUGAUACACAUCACAGCUGCAACACCCAGUACAGAGAAAAAACAAGCUAGAGUUUUAUAUGAUUAUGAUGCUGCAGAUAAUUCAGAGUUAUCCCUCUUGGCUGAUGAGCUAAUAACAGUGUACAAAGUUCCAGGACUGGAUCCUGAUUGGUUAAUGGCAGAGCGGGGUUCACAAAAGGGAAAAGUUCCAAACACAUAUUUAGAAGUUUUAGAAUGAAUCACAUACAAAAUUACAUACUUUCAAUUUUUGUUAUAAACUGUAAAUUUAUGAAAAGUUACAGGAAAGGUUGAAUCACCACACAGUGUGAUAACAAGAGGCUUGAACAUCAAAGAUCAGAGAGAUGUUAUUUAUAUACAGAAAACAAGUUGAGCAUGUGAUAUAAACUCUUUCAAGAAAAAAUUUCCACUUUUUCUCAAAUUAUAUUAUGUUAUGUAUCAAUCAUUUUAAGAGUGCUAUUGCUAUGAUUUACCUUAAAAUUUUAGCAUUGAAAAAUCAAUGUUAUUUUGCACAAAAUUUGUAUCAUUUUAAAAGCUGUAUGAUAAAGCAAGAAGUCGUAGAAUUAUGUUACCUAUUUAUGUCAUAAAUUAAUUUUAUGGCGGCUGAUAACUGUUUUCCAAACAUUAAAUUAAAGAAAUUCAGUUUCUUUGGCAUAUUUAAGUAAAAAAAAAGCAUGAUAUUGAAUAUAAUGUUACUUAUGUUGAGAUAAACAAAUUAGUUCCCUUUAGUCAAGCAUUCAUGUUUUCUGUACAUGCAAUCAUACCAAAUCUUCUUUUUUUAUAUUUCAACUUUGUGUGCAUUUGUCUUAAAUUGUGAGAAGUUGGUUAAUACAACUUUGUGUUCAGAUGCUGUUUCAAGACAAUUUGCCAUACAAUAAAAAACUUAUUGUGUAAAUGCAUGUUUAGGAAUUUGACCAUGUACUUUUACCUGAAUGUUGACUAAUUAGCCUUCAAUCAAAUAACAUUUUGUACAUGUGCAUCUGUAGGGAGAUAACAAUCUUGCAUCUGUAGGGAGAUAACAAUCUUGCAUCUUGCUUUCUUUUGGUUUAAUUUUUUGUUGAAGUUCAGUACUCACUUAUAUUACAAAGCUAUAACAACCAUCCUACAAUCUCUGGAGUUUGAAUGCUCUUUAUUAUCUCUCAUCUAUCUUUUACAACUGAUCUACAUUUUACACUUUAUUUACUGAUAACAUUUGAAGUCUUGAGAUUACAGAACAUCAAAACUAUAUUGUAUUUAUCUUAUCAAUUCAGAGUUUGAAAACUUGAAAUGUGGUUUAUUUUUAUUAGCAGUAAUGGCUGAUACAUGGUGUUGUAAGAUCAAGAAUUAUCUCCCUUUCAGCAUUUUGAUUUGAUGAGUCUUCAAAUUUAUUUAUCUUUCGAUUUGUUUGAAUCCAGAAUGAAAUUAAUUAAUUUUUUAGACAGAAAUUAUUUUUUUUAGACUGCUCCAUGUUUUCUGGUCAUGCGUAACCUUUUGCAUGAAAUACUAUGUAGAUAUGCAUCCAUGGCCUGCUCAACCAAACCAUGAUUGAGAAUUGAGGCUUGAUGUUUCCUGAUGAUUCCAUCUGAAAUAUUUAUUGAGUAUAAGGUGGAUAUUUUUAUAUGAUAAACCACCAGAUGUGAUUCAGACAACUUUAAUUUCCUUGUAUUGAAUGUCUGUACAGAUAAGUGCUACUUGUACAUUAUUUUGAUGGUUGUAUCUGGUCAGUUUUAAGAUAUGCAUGCAAGGCAGGCAUUUGUUGGUAUUUUUAUUUAGUAAUUUUUGGUUUAAAAAAGACAUGCAACAUAUUGAUUUUUGUAUAACAAUGGCAAAAUGUUAAUCAAAGUAGUGAUAAUUAUUAUCCUAAAUAUAAAAACAGCACUUGCUGAGAUUUUUAGUUAUUCAAACCCUACUGUUAAACAAGGUAUCUAUUUACUUGAUGAAAAUAGGAAAUAGUUUUACUCAAUAUAUUGUAAUUAGUAAGUAAGACCUAACCAUUGCAGGUUUUGAAAAUUGAGUAAGAUAUAAGUAAGGGAUGUAACUAACAGUAUUUAUGACAAAAUCUGAGCUAAGAUUUGUUAGGUUAUUGAUUUUAUUGUACUAACAUUAUGUACAGUGUUGUGUUGAUAGUGCUCAUACUGUGUUUGGAACUUUUAUACUUGUUUGGACCCAUAUUCAUAUUGAAUUGUUAUUACUAAUGCUUAUGAUGAAAUUUCUGUACAUUAUAAUAAGUUUGAUACAUCUUAAAUUUAAAAAUAUUAAAGUAUUUCUCCCUUGCAAUUUAUAUUACUGAAGAAAAUACAUUUUGUAUUAAUACAGGAAAGAGGGCAAGCAUUUGAAAUUUCUACAAUUAAGUCAGCUUUAAAUAGCUAAGUUAUAAGCGUGUUAUAGUUGUCCUUAUAAAUAUUAAUCCGAAUUGAUUCAAAUUGGCUAAUUCAGAUUAUCUAAUUUGCAUUAAAAAUACGCUUUUGUCAAUAUGAAAAUAAAGUUAACAUCGUUUGGACAGUAAAGCAAAUUUGACACACAUUUUAAUUCGACUUAGAACUGACAUUACGACGUAAAACGUUUCGAAUGCAUAUUAAACUAAUUUGAAUUAGUUAAUGCUAAUCGAAUUCGAAUUACAUGUCAACUCAGCAUAACAUUCUAUUUUAAUCUAUCAUUAAGUGUGACAGAAAUGUUUCCCAGCUGUUUAUGUUUAAUAAAAAGACACCCAUUACUUUCUCAUCACACAGAAUAUUAAAAUGAGUAUGACAUGUAGAAUUUGAAGCACAAUGAUGUUUUUUUCUUCAUUAUAACAUUAUGAAGAUAUAAAUUAAAAAUUAAAACUAGAUUACUAUUUAGAUAAUACAUUACGUCAAUAACAACCAGUAGAAAUGUUAUUUUUUACUGUUUCUAUAAUGCAGAAAUUUCAUCAUCAAAGCAUAAAAGUGAAUGGUACAUUUAUAUUUAUAAGAUUUUAAAAUUUUAUUAUAUGUAUUUUUUUCUUGCUGCUUGAUUAUUGUUAGUGAGGGAUUUGUUAUUGAUUAUAUAUACAUGUUGAUAUGCAGGUAGACAUUCACAAAGCUUGAUAAACAAAUCAAUUGGGAAUUUGAAAUGGCUCAUUUACUUUUAAACAUCAGAAUUUUCAUUUUCAUUCUUUUCAAGUAUUUCAUUGGAAAAAGAUCCUCCUUAAAAAUAAAUAAAUAAUGUUAUGCUGUUAGUCAGACAUUUUGAUAGAGGGUGAAAAAAUGGUAAAAAAAUCCAAGUUAACAACUUUCUCAAACAAAGAAUAAUAUGACUUCUGAAAAGCUGUUGCCAUUGCAAAAUAAUGAGUAUUUACAUCAGUAUAAAACUUAAGCUUAUGUAGGCAUUUUUAAUGGGAAUAAGGUUAUUUCAGAAGCUUAGCUUUUGCUUGAUCAACCAAGUUCUUUAAGCAAAUUGAAAAAUAAAAUAAACAUGAAAAAGUGUUAUAAAUAUCGCUACUGUUACUUGUUUUAUAUUUGAAGCAAUAUUUAGGGAAAUGUUAUAUAAAUUUCAGCUUUUUUGCAUCACAAUUAUUAGAGUAUUAGUUGACCAAUUGAUUUGUUGUACGAGAGUAUUCAUAAAUAUGUUGAAUUGGUUUAUAAUUUUAGUUUCUGUUUUCAUGUGGUUACUAUACAGUCAUUUGACGAUCAUGUGGUUACUAAACAGUCAUGUGGCAUAAUGUUGCACAAUUUGGAGCUAGAUAGUUGAAAAUCUAGAGGUUUAUUAUAUUUAAUGUUAAUUCAGAGACUUUCAGUUUCAUCUUAAGGUUUUGAAUUAAUACUGAUGAGAUUCAAUGUAAAUUCAGUGCAAAAAUAAUUGUUAAAACUGCUAAAUUUGUUUAUCUAAGUGCUAUAUUGUCAGAGACAGCAAAAUGGUGGUGAAAAUCUUGUCAUGUUUUUAAGUAGUUAAUUGUAUAAAUUAAAAUGUGAUAUUUGCAUAUUAUGUAUUUUACCUAUUUUUUAACUUCGCAUCUGCUAUUAAUCCACAUAAGUUACUAAGAAACCAAUGUCAAUUGUAUCAUAUUUUUUUGCAUUGAAAAUUGUGUAUUAAGUUUUUUGGUAAAGGUUUUUUGUUAAUUUUACUACAUUUCAUUUAAUAUUCUCAUUAUACAUGUAUGACCAUCAAAAUUUAUUUGAGUAGUUACAUAUGGUCAAUGAUAACAUAUGGUUAGAAAUAAAUGUUUUUUCUUCUUCAAUGAAUCCAGUUGUUUUGUCAUCUAGAAACUAUGGAGUAGAUAUCAAAGUAAUGAACGUUAAUGUUUAUAAUAUAUGACUAGAAAGGUCUUUAUGAUUCAAACUUAAAAAUUAAUGCAUACUUGAUCGUUAACAUAAAAGUUAUGUUUUCAAAAUGGAUGCCUUUUUUUGAUCAUUAGGGCCACCAUAUUUUAACUUAUGAUUCAGUUGGUGGAGUUUUGGUAUAUGUAAUUUAUUUUAUUUAUAUAUGCACUAGAGUGAAAUUUUUUGAUUAUUUCAAAUUUUGUCUUUAUCAAAGUGUAAAUGGCAGUACAUAUUAUCUAAUGUGUAUGUUGCAAUACACGUUUUCUUUAGUGUAAGUGUCUGUACUUUUUAUCUUAACUGCAAGUACAAAAGCACAUUAUCUUUAUUGCAAGUGUAAAGGGCAAAACACAAAAAUAGUUGAUGUUUACUGUAUGUGCCACUUAAUGUAAAAGGUCACUUAUGCAUUUGGUGGCUACUAAUUAAUGUAUUAAAGUGCUUAUUAAUAAAAGUGUCCCUACAUGUAAACAUAAAGUUACUUACCUAAAAUGAGUGGUCACUGGUCAUACAAAUAGAUCAUGAGAUAUAGUUGAAUGAAAGAUACCUGUAUAUGAAAUAAAAAAUGUUAAAACCAAA